AUGAAAAUGAAUUUUGAAACAUCUUAUCCCACAGCUGUGUUUUGCAUAAUCGCUACAGAAUUCUGUGAAAGAUUUUCUUUUUGUGGCCUACGAACCAUUCUGUCCAUUUAUCUCAGGAAUGAGUUGCUUUUUUCAGAAAAUUGUUCUACAGUUAUUUAUCACGUCUUUAUUAUGGUGUGUUAUAUUGUACCUUUGGCGGGAGCAGUGUGUGCAGACAGCAUUUUGGGGAGAUAUAGCACAAUUUUAUAUUUUUCGGUGGUAUAUUUAGUUGGAAACAUCUUGAUGUGCAUGGGAGCUGUUCCGCUUUUAGAUAUCUCUUCCAUUACUUUAUCAGCCGUAGGUUUAUUUCUGAUAUCAGUAGGAACUGGUGGCAUUAAACCUUGUGUCGCUGCCUUUGGAGGCGACCAAUUUCGACUACCUGAUCAGAGAGAUCUUUUACAACAUUUUUUCUCAUUGUUUUAUUUUACGAUUAAUUUGGGAGGAUUUGUCGGAAUGAUUUUGACUCCUAUUUUGAGGAAGUGGGUAUCCUGUUUUGGCGAUGACACUUGCUAUGCUUUAGGCUUUGGCUUUCCGGCGGCUUUGAUGGUUUUAUCAUUGCUCCUUUUUAUUUUGGGUAAACCUUGGUAUAGGCUAAAAACACCUAAAGAAAAUGUAAUGCUUCAGUUUUUUAAUUGUACAAUAUACGCUUUAGCCAAACGUUGCAAAUCCGGAACUAGGAUAAAUCCUAGAAAACACUGGUUACACGCAGCUCGGGGCAAAUACAGCGCAAAAUUAAUCCGAGACAUGAAAAUUGUCUUCGCUGUCUUGUUUUUAUACAUCCCUUUGCCCAUAUUUUGGUCACUGUUCGACCAACAGGGAUCAAGAUGGACUUUUCAAGCAUCUCACAUGGACGGUAACGUACUAGGCAUUCAAAUCGUCCCAGAUCAGAUGCAAGUGGUAAAUCCUGCAAUGGUGUUAGUUUUGAUACCAGUUUUUGAUAAAGUGGUAAAUCCUUGGUUUUCGAAACUGCACAUCAUGGAAAACGCUCUGCAUAGAAUGGCAGUUGGAGGACUUUUUGCAAGUGCUGCCUUUUUGUCAGCCGGGGUUUUGGAAUUAGUUCUGGAAACUACUUACCCCAAGCAACCUCAAGAAAAACACGCUUCGAUUAAUAUUAUUAACACUUUGCCUUGCGAUGUUAAGGUGGAUAAUCCGUUUAAUGGAGUACAGAGGAUUAGGUCUAGUGGAUUACACAAGUUUGAAAAUAUUAUGUGCGAUAAUUUCACGAAGUAUACGCUACUGGUGGAGGCUUCCGAAAAAUGUGGAACUAUUUAUUUUGGGAGGCAUAGACAUAAUUUAGAAGUUGCAGCGUUGGAAAUGCAAACGGAUACAGUUCUUAUUGGAAUAAACGUCGACAAUAAGAUUAAGUCAUUUAUUACUGAUCCAGUUGAUUACCAAAAGUCGCUCAGUGGCAAACCAAGAAUAAGAGUUGCGUAUAUCAAAAGUUCUAUACUUUUACAUGACAUAACGGUUUCGUUGCGAAAUCAAGCAGGUCUGAAGGAUGUUUACUUUGUCCAUAGCUCCAAUUCUUCUUUUUUGGCAGAUUCUGCUUAUAUGGAGUUGCCCCAAGGAAUUUAUGAUUGCGUCGUUGCAUCUAAAGAAAUUCCUAUACUUCAUGCGGAAAGUUUUACUUUAGACUUAGGAGGGGUUUAUUCUCUUGUAAUAAGAGAAAGAAAUAUGAAAAUUGAGUUUUUUAAAUUGUACAUUAUGUCGGCACCAAACACCAUCAACAUAUUGUGGUUGCUACCACAGUAUUUUCUUAUUUCAGUAGCGGAAAUUUUGUUUGGAGUUUCCGGUUUAGAAUUUUCCUUUACUCAAGCUCCGAAAAGUAUGAAAACUGUUACUAUAGCCGGAUGGUAUUUAUCAGUAGCUGUAGGAAAUUUUCUAGUGAUAUUAAUCACACAAGCAAAUUUGUUUAAAAGUCAGGCGCAAGAAUUUUUUCUUUUUGCUGUAGUAAUGGUGGCUGAUAUGAUGGUAUUUAUUGAAAUGGCUUCGCACUAUAAGUUUGUGCAGUUAGAAGCAGACAGUUCUGUGAAUUUUGCCAAUCAAGAACAGUUACCUCUAAUUCCAAAUUCGCCAACCAGUCCGUAAGCUAACGAAGUUUAAAAAUUUGUUUUAAUAAACUG